AUGUGUGCCGUCGUUGGAUCCAACGCUCUGGUGAGUCUCUUCGAGAACUACGAUCGCGACUGCCGUACCGAUGACGGUCACUCAGCACACCCUCCGUUGCCUCAGUUUCACAGCCAAAAGCUGGAAGCAUAUGGCGCCCUGCGCAUGCGUAAACCGAAGGCCUUGACGAUUCCUUCAACUUCUUCUACGACUUUCCUGGACCAAACCUACCGAGGAAGGUCUCCCUGUGGACAUUAUCAUCGAGGAAAUGUGCUUAAAACGACUCUUCGCAUGUCCCUACCUGCACCAAAGGCCUCUCGGGCAGCCUCAGCACCGACCGCGCACCGGCCAUCUCCCAUUCGAUCCAGGUUCGAUGGAAUCAAACGUACCUUUAGCUUAAGCUUAGAGAAGCAGGACACCCCCACGUCGAAAUCCCGCUUGAAACCUCUGUUCCUCGCGAGCAAUAUGGACGUAGGUCGAACCCAGAACACUGGAAUUCCGCGGUUCGAGUUCCCAAACGUUCAGUUCGUUCGUCGUCUGUCUCUCGGGAACUGGCUUCCUUCGUCCAGAAUUCGCGAGGUCUCUCAAACGAUUAUCCCCGCAUCUCAACCCGCACGUCUCAGGCCACUUGCGCUGGCCUCUAAAUCCUCCACUGGGGUCAUUGGAGAAUCUCCCCCGUCAGAGCGCCCCAAUCUGCUUGCUUGGAUUUUGGACUGCAUUCAGAGAGAUAUCAGGCCGCAAUGGAACCAACCAGAAGUCGACCAGCAGAUGCUCCUACACAAUGGACAAGCUCGGUGUCUAGUCGUCAGAUCGAAACGACGCUCGGCGCUGUUCUAA